CAAAGGGUCUAUAAAGUAGCCCGUAUAUAAUUAAAUAACUAAGAAAGGUCAACAGCAAAAUAUGUACAUUAUAACCCUUCUACUUGUCAUUGGUACAGCCAACUGUGCCAAUAUCCUGGGGGUAUUCAUGUACCCUUCCAUCAGUCACCAAUUGGUCUACCACAAAAUCAUGCAAGAACUGUCGUUACGGGGUCACCACGUCACCUUUGUAACACCUGACACCGUUAACAACCCCGCUUUAACAAACCUCUCAGAAAUCGACGUUCGCUGCGCCUAUGACGUCUUGGAAGAGAAAAAUGUCCAAAAGAUGUGUUCCAAAGACCUGACUUCCUACGACAUAAUGCGAAGUUAUUAUGAACUUUUGGAAACUAUCGCAGACAGAGAAUUAAGCAGUCCUUCGUUUAAAAAUUUGCUUGGGGAUCAUAACAGGACGUUCGACUUGAUUCUUGUGGAACUAAUGCAUCCAGUAAUGCACGCAUUAUCUGGAAAAUUUAAAGCACCGGUAAUUGGGAUUGUAUCGAUGAGUAUUUACAGCGCCCAUUAUGAUGCUGUGGGUAAUGCGAACCAUCCAGUUUUGUACCCCGAUUUUAUCGUAAACCUUCCCGCUGGAGACAUGACGCUGUGGGAAAAGGUUCAAAGUCUGGCUUUUUUUGUGUGGCACAGGUACUACUACCAGAAUGUGGUUCUGCCUAAAGCUGAUGAGCUAGCCAAGAAGCAUUUCGGGGAUGUAGCACCCAUUGGCGAGUUCGAGAAGAACGCCACCAUGUUUUUGAUUAACAGACACUACCAACUACAAAGUUUGAGACCAAAUGUACCUGCAGUGGUUGAAAUUUUACCCGUGGAGUACCACCCACCUAAACCUUUACCAGAAGAUCUGCAAAAAAUUUUAGAUGACGCUAAAACCGGCGUGGUUUAUUUUAGUUUAGGCACCAACGUAAGAAUGUCCCGCUUGGAACCACAAAUCCGAGACAAUAUUUUACAAGCUUUGGCCGAACUUCCUUAUCAAGUUUUACUCAAAUGUGACGUUGAUUUAUCUAAACUACCCACUAAUGUGGUUAUUAGAAAAUGGUUUCCGCAGAAAGACCUUCUAGCGCAUAGUAAUGUUAAGGUUUUUGUGACACAUGGAGGGUUGCAUUCGAUUGAAGAAACCGUUUCUAGGGAGGUCCCAAUUGUUGGUAUACCGUUUUAUGGCGAUCAAUCGGAAAAUGUUCGCAAGUUUGUGGCUUUAGGGAUAGGUGAACAAAUUAAUGCGACGUCUAUUACUGCCAAAAAGCUGAAAGAAGUUAUUGUUAAAGUAGCUGGAUCUAGGAUGUAUAAAGACAACAUGAGGAAAGUACGGGGGGUCGUUUUCGAUAAACCACGAAGUGGAUUAGAAGAUGUUAUCUGGUGGUCAGAGUAUGUGAUUAAACAUGGGGGUACGAAACACUUUCAAAAUCCGGCUGUUCAUAUGUCUCAGUUUAGUUAUUUUUUCUUAGAUGUUGUUAUGUUUAUUAUUGUUCUAGUAGCGACAAUUGUUCUUUUAAUUUAUAGUCUGAUUAUUCUAGUGUUAAACAGUGUGAAAGGAAGUGUGCUUAAAUAA